AUAAUAGUUGGAGAAACUGCUGUGUUUUGCCUACAACUAGCCACAAGAGAUUUUGAAAACCAGGAAAAAACUAUUUUAACUGGAGACUGUUGCUAUAUAAAUCCACUGGUGCGCCGAACGGUCCGAUUUCUUGGAAUUUAUACGUUUGGACUAUUUGCUACAGAUAUCUUUGUCAAUGCCGGACAAGUAGUUACAGGAAAUCUGGCUCCACAUUUUCUUGCCCUGUGUAAGCCCAACUAUACAGCACUUGGAUGCCAGCAGUAUACACAGUUCAUCAGUGGUGAAGAGGCCUGUACUGGCAACCCAGAUCUCAUCAUGAGAGCAAGGAAAACAUUUCCAUCCAAAGAAGCAGCUCUCAGCAUCUAUGCAGCUAUGUAUCUGGCAAUGUAUAUUACCAACACAAUCAAAGCCAAAGGAACAAGACUUGCUAAGCCAGUUCUAUGUUUGGGCUUAAUGUGUUUGGCCUUUCUUACUGGACUCAACAGAGUAGCAGAGUAUCGAAAUCAUUGGUCAGAUGUGAUAGCAGGCUUUCUGGUUGGAAUAUCUAUAGCAGUAUUUCUGGUUGUAUGUGUGGUAAAUAAUUUCAAAGGAAGACAACCAGAAAAUGAGCAUAUACACAUGGAUAAUCUGGCACAGAUGCCAAUGAUCAGCAUUCCUCGAGUAGAAAGUCCUUUGGAAAAGAACCACAUCACCGCCUUCGCAGAAGUCACAUGAUAUUGAAGCAGAUGGUCUUUCCCUGCAUUGGACAUCAUCCCUUUUCACCAUCCACUCAUAGCGCCCAAAGUUUGUUUGAUCACAAAAGAAGUUUUUAAAGUCAUCUAAUAAUUUUUAUAAUUUUAAAAUCAGUGUCAACCUAUCUGUUUCCCCCACUAGACUGUGAGCUCCUCGAGGGCAGGAUGGUGUCUUUCUUCUUUGAAUCCCUACCACCUACAACAAUGCCUAGCACAAAGUAGGUGUUCAAUAAAAAGUUGACAUCCAAAUGAACAAAUUAAUUCUUAAAUAAGACAUUCACUUUAGUUUCUCACAGCAUCAUUGUAACUAUGUGAAAAGAAUCCUCUAUAUGAUUCAUAUUUGUAUAAGAAGACCCUCCAUUUGGGAUUUCUUAUAAAAGCUAGUUAAGCUUUUUACUUUUUCAUUUAUCUGUUCAGCAGUAUACCAUAGUUAAUUUGAAGUGGACUUUGAAAGUCAUGGGGGUUUUUAUUUUAUAAUUCAGCAUGACAUUAUUUCCAUUCUAACAGAUUUCAGUGUGUGAAAUUACUUUUAGAAAGUAUGUUCUAUACUAAAAUAAUGUUUGCACAUUAUAUUAUGCUAUAUUUCACUUAAAAUACCAUUCAUACUAUACAUUCUAAGACUGGUGCUUCUGCUUUUGAAGGGGAAAAAUGCCAAUUUUUACUGUAAUAAGUAAUGUAUCAUAAUUAAAAAUUAUUUAUUUGGACUUUUUUUCUGAAAAUUGUGGUUUGAUUGUAGACUUACAGUUUUUGAAUGCAGGCAGUAUUUAAGAUAGUUUAAAUGAGUCAAUUCAGCAAUGGUACACAUUACUGAGCAAUCUUCUCUUGGUAACAGUGUCUCAAGAGUAGUUAAAGGCUCCAUUCUUAGGCUUUUUCACUAGUCAAGAUUCCAUGUAGUUUAAAUGGGAAAGAACCACACCUUGACACAUAAUUUACAUUGUAUGAAAUGGUUAGCUUAUUUUACUUUUCAUUUGUGUAGUACUUUAUAGUUUACAAAGUACAUUUACAUUCAUUAUUUCACUUAACCCUCAGAAUUACCCCAUGUAAAUGUUAAGAGUAUGGCUUUAGUUUUAUAGACAAGAAAAAUGAAACCAAGACAGGGUAAAUAACAAGCCCAAUUCCACACAGCAAGUAAGAGGCAGGGUUAAAACUUAAAUUCAGGUGUUCUGGCCCCAAACUAGUAUUCCUUUCAACUAUGCCACAGCUGCCAUAUUAUUUUGAACACAUCGAGGCCUUUCGGAGGUCAGUAAAGUCCUUUAAAACUACCUAAGUUUUAACAAAUUAAGAAAUGCCAAAAUAGAAUUACAAAAGCUAUGUGGUAUUUUAAUAAUGAACACUUUUAAGAUAUGCAAAUAUAUAAUGAUCUAUUUAUAAUUCUAUUUAAUAAUAAUGUCAAGCGCCUGGAUGUGAGGCCCUUUAUCAAGGCAAAGCCUACAUCAAAUGGCUCUCUUGCCACCCUCAUCCUUGGUCCCCAAACCCCAACCCUUCAGGAGAGGUCCCAAGGAACAUACCUUAUACCGAGCAUUGGGAAUUAAGGAUGAAAACCGUGAUAAUACAAGGAAGAUGA